AUGUCGCACGACAGGACCGUGAUAAGGCAUGCUGUGGAGGAGAUCGGCUUCGGCUUUCUCACGGACGAUGACAUCAGGAGGCUCAGCGUCAAGCGCAUCACGUCACCAGUCACGUUCGACACGCUCAACAACCCUCUGCCUGGUGGCCUCUAUGACCCGGUGCUGGGACCUGUAGAUAAGAUGAUGAUGUGCGAGACGUGCGGUCAAGAUCAGAAGAACUGCCCGGGGCACAUGGGGCACAUCGAGCUAGCCGUGUCCGUGUAUCAUCCGAUCCUGUUCGGAGCCCUGUACAAGCUCCUGCGCGCCAAGUGCUUCAGCUGCCACAACCUCCGACUUUCCAAGAGCAAGACACGCGUAGCAGCUGUGAAGAUGAUGCUUGUAGAUGCUGGUCGAGCGCAGGAGGCUCUCGAGCUCGAUGCGACCCUUCUGGGUUAUCUCAAGGAUGGCGCUAGAGAUCACGACGUCCUCGAUGGCAACACCGAAGACACGCUGGUGUCUGCAACCAAGUACCGGGAUCACGUGCUCGGCUGCCUGGAGGAAGACCUCGCCGGGGCCCCGCGGGCAGAAUGGUGCGGUGGGCACAACAGACAGCUGAGGCGGCAGCUGGCCGAGAACUUGAUCAAGGCCAUGGGAGCCUGCAAAAGGUGCGAGAACUGCGGCGCCUUCUCCCCAAACAUUCGCAAGGACGGCUCCAACAAACUGUUUCAGGUCCCGCUUUCCGACAAGAAUCGCAUGGCGAACCAGUCGUGCAACACACAGAUCGUCUCGGCAGUCCAGAGACGGGACCCUGGGAAACCGAACGAAGACCCCGGCGACGACUCCGACCCGAUGUCCGAAGACAGCGACUCGGACGACGGCGACAACCUGGAGGAUGACGACGUUGGGGGCUCCGCGCCGUCGUCGAAGGUGGUGGGGGUGUCCCUCGCGGCGGCCCAGGCCGCCGCCGGAGACCCGGCCACCAAAACGGGGGCGCAAGCCCACAAGUUCAUGCCCCCCAUUGAGGUGGAGCUCCAGAUGCAGCAGCUCUGGAAGCUGGAGAGCUCGGUUCUCGAUCUCAUCUUCGUGUCCGGCAGGCGCACUCGCAGUGCUCCUGGUGACGUCAACGGCCCACCGUCUUUUUCUUUACAGAAUGCCAACGACCUCGCUGGCGGGAGCAUUUCGGAUGGGUACCGUUUGUUUUUCGUGAGAGCCCUCGCGGUGCCCCCGCCGAGGUUCAGACCCCCCAUGAACAUGGGGGACAUGAUCGCGGAGCACCCUCAGAAUGUCUACCUCACCAAGGUGCUCAAUCUGAACGAGAGCUUGAAGAACGCGGCCAGCCUUAAGGGGAAGGACCUUGCCAGUGUCUUGACGACGUGGGUCGAGUUGCAGACAACGGUGAACUGCUACAUGGACAGCAGCAAAGACCCCCGUGGGUUAAAGGAUACUCCGCCCGGAUUGCGACAGGUCCUGGAGAAAAAGGAGGGCUUGUUCCGCAAGCACAUGAUGGGGAAGCGGGUGAACUACGCCUGCCGCUCCGUGAUCUCCCCCGACCCCUACGUAGGCACCACCGAGAUCGGCAUCCCCCUGCGUUUCGCCAAGGAGCUUACGUACCCGCAGCCCGUGGCGGACUGGAACGUGGAGGCAAUGCGACAGCUUGUUGAGAACGGGACGAGCGUUUAUCCCGGAGCGAAUUUCGUCGAAGACUCGUCGGGUCGAAUGCUUCACCUCGACAGACUGUCGGACUUGAAAAGAAGAGGCGUGGCGGCCAGACUGCUUUCCAGCCCGGGGCAAAAGGUGUGGAGGCAUUUGACGGACGGGGACUGCAUGCUUGUGAACCGCCAGCCAACCCUCCACAAGCCCGGCAUCAUGGCACACCGUGUCCGCGUCCUCCGCAACCCGGGGUACCAGACGAUCCGGAUGCACUACGCCAACUGCAACACGUACAACGCCGAUUUUGACGGCGACGAGAUUAACUGCCACCUGCCGCAGAACGAGUUGGCGAAGGCAGAGGCGAACCUCCUGGCCUUCACCGACGAGCAGUACCUGGUGCCAACCAAUGGCAAGCCUCUUCGAGGCCUGAUCCAGGAUCACGUCGACGCUGGGGUGAAGAUGUGCUCUAAGGAUUGCUUCUUCACAAGGGGCGAGUACCAGCAGCUGUUGUACCAAGCUCUGUCCGGGUUGCCCGGUCUCGAGAUCGUGCCCCCUUCUGACGACAUCACAACCUUGCCCCCGGCGAUACUCAAGCCGCAGCAGAGGUGGACCGGCAAGCAGGUGAUGUCCACCAUCCUCAGGCACCUAACGAAGGGAUUGCCGCAGCUCAACCUGGACGGCAAGUCCAGGACCCCGAAGGUCGCCUUCGGCGAGGCAGAGCAGGAGCACGUCAUCGUUUUCAGAGAAGGGGAGCUGCUGCAGGGAGUUCUGGACAAGGGGGCGUUCGGUUCGAGCGAGUUCGGCCUUGUUCACGCGGUGCACGAGGUUUACGGCUCCACCGCAGCGGGCAAGCUCCUCACGGCUUUGGGUCGGGUGUUGACAAUAUUCCUCCAGUCUUCGGGUCACACUUGCGGCAUCGAAGACCUUACCCUGACGGGAAGGGCAGAGGGCAACCGACGAGAAAUCAUCAACAAGUCACUCGGUAUAGGCCAAAGGUCAAUGCGAGAGCUCGUUGAAACCGUGGCCGCAGAAGGACAGGAUGCCAAAGCCAUCGCCAAUGGGGCGGCAGCAGAGGAAGGGCACGAGGAUACGAGUAAAGCCCUGGUGGAGGCGGAAGUGGAGAGUAUCAGGCAGAAGACGGCCUCAUUCUUGCUGGGCGAAGACAGGGACACCCGCCUAGCCGAGAUCGACAGACACAUGCAAAGUGCUCUUGCCCCUGUUUCGUCGGACAUCAUCAAGGCGUGUCUGCCCGGCGGCCAGGCGAAGCCCUUCCCCCACAACUGCUUCAGCUUGAUGGUUCUUACCGGAGCCAAGGGGUCGAUGGUGAACCACUCUCAGGUUUCGUGCGCCCUUGGGCAGCAGGCGCUUGAGGGCCGGCGAGUCCCUGUCAUGGUGUCGGGGAAGUCGCUGCCCAGCUUCCAGGCCUUCGAGCCGAGCCCCCGCGCGAACGGCUUCAUCACGGACCGGUUUCUGACGGGCAUCAGACCACAGGAGUACUACUUCCACUGCAUGGCCGGGCGCGAAGGGUUGGUGGACACGGCGGUCAAGACGUCUAGGUCGGGAUACCUACAGCGAUGCCUGGUCAAGCACCUGGAGGAACUGAAGGUUGGUUACGACAACACGGUUCGGGAUGGAGAGGGGUGUGUUCACCAGUUCCUUUAUGGAGAGGACGGGGUCGACACCACACAGACCAAGUAUCUCUCGUCGAAGCAGCUCGGUUUCCUGGCUCAGAACUACCAGGCCCUCCGACACAAGCACGGCAUCACCCCGAGCUUCAAAAAGGACUCCGGGUUUGACUCCCGCGAUGCUUCUCGGGCCCACUCCGAAAUCGCUACCUGUCUUCAGCGGAGGGACGAUGCCGCCGCUAACCCGAGCUCCAGCUGCGCGAAGUUUGUGGCCGGAGAAAUGGUCCUUGCGAAGAGGCGGGCGGUGUUGAAGAGGGGCGAGGGGUGGGGCAAGGCUGAGCUGCUGGCGGGCUGGCACUCGGCGGAGGUGGUGAAGGUCAGGAACGCCGGUACUCCGGCUGCAUUGUACAGCGUCAGGAUCCCUCUCGUUGCCGCCCCCAUGUUCUGGUAA